CUGUCGGGGGGGGGGGCGAAAUUAUUUGUAUAGCCAUUUUUUGUUGCAAACUGGCAACGCCGAAAGAUAUUACUUAAAUUUAGCUGUGAUUUGAAAUAAAGCAAUCUAUUACAGCCACAUGUCGCCAUGUUGGAAAAUUUCUCUAUACUAUUUUCACAGUAGUCUUGCAAAAUASUUUGGGAUGAGUAACAUUACAUUUAACAAGAUCGUCAACGAGGGAUUGAAUUAUUAAAAUUAUUCAUUAAAAAUAUUGUCUUUCAUAACAAUAAUAGUUAUGUUUGUUUAUUAUUGCAAAUAAAAGCGUUUAGUUGAAAACACAUGGAAAGUAAUGAAUGCGUACUGAAGUUAUGUAAUUAGAGUCAAACAAUACAAAAAGUAUCAAGAGUGGAAACAAGAGAACUAGUGUGACGUCAAUCGUCUAAUUAUUGGCUAUCGUUAAGAUUAUUUUGAAGUAAUCUUGAAACAAAUAUGCCGCGCAUAGUACCUUUGCAACUUCUUAAGUGCCUAAAGGUGCUUUUGGACGAUAAUGGAGGCAUCCUUAGCAUUGGAGAAGUCAAGCGGAUCGCGGGAUUGAUGAAUAGAUAUUCAAAAAAACUUGUUUCAAAAUGCAUUUAUGUACAAAUAUUAAAAGUUACUAAAACAGAGCUUCUUGGUGAAUUUAUGGGUGUUGGUGGCUGGUCACUGGUAUAUAACUGGUUAAACGAUGCAAUACGUGCAAUGAAUUGGCCGCUUGUGCAAGAAAUUCUAGAGCUGCUUUUACUUUGUCCAGUUGAUGUGGAUCGAUUGAAAAUAAAUUCUGCACCAAAGUUGGUGAAGGGUCUUUGCCGGGAUGGAGGCAAUGAAGGAGUACGUAUACUUGCAAAACGUUUGGUGGAACAAUGGUUGAAAGUAGUGACAGAAAAUACUACAACUGCUCAAUUAGAAAGUUCUCCACAGCAAUCGGUUAUCGGUGGAGCAACUCCUAAUGUUUCUACAAUACCUGCCACCCAAACAACACCUGUUAUACGGCAAGACAGCAAAAUACCACAAACUUCUAAUAUACCAUUAAAAGUAAAAGGGCCCUCAGUUGUACAGCGGUCGCUUUCAAAUUCCGCUGAACAAGAUCCACUUGCAGAUGUCACAGAUGUACCGCCUGAGCCUUCUACUUACGCACCAACACCUGCACAGAAGAAAGCUAGUGAAGCAGGAUUGGUGUUCAAACUGGUUUAUAAAGAUGGUCAACAAGUUUUGACAAAAGUACCAAAAACCAACCAACUAGCUUCUUCUGUUGUUGAUGUUGAGCAAAUUGCUCAAGGAAAUGGGAAUGAGGGUGAAUGUGAGAAAAUGCAACAUAAUGGCGAAAAUGAAGCCAACAUGAAGGGCGAUGCAGAAACUGAUCGUGGCAUGGGUGCUCAAGAAGAGGAGGAAGAGACCGAUAGAACUGUGGACUCUACAAUUAUAGAAGAGGAAGAAGAUACGCGAACAUCAACUGAUAAACAAGAUAAAGAUAGUGAAAGUAGCGCUGAGGAAGAAUCUCAAAUAACACCGGAUAGUAACAUGCUAUCCAUAGAACAAAGAAAAAAGUCUAUAGAUACAGAAAGUGAGAAAUCUAUAAAUAGAGAACAUAGGAGCUCUAAAGACUCCAGAGACAGUAAAAGUAGGGAUAAAGAAAAUAAGGGUGAUAAAGAUAGGAAAUCAUCGUCAUCUUCUAGCCACAAAUCAUCUAGUCACAAAUCAAAAAGUUCAUCUUCGAGCAAGUCAAAAUCUUCCUCAUCGUCCUCUUCACACCGCAGUUCAAGUGAUAAACAUCGAAGCGAUAAGGAUCGUUCAAGUUCCAGUAAAGACAAAGAUCGAAAAGAGGGUAGUAGCAGUAGCAGUAGCUCCAGUAAACAUAGAUCCUCAUCAUCAUCGUCAAAAUCUUCGUCGUCAACAAGUUCGAAAGACAAACAUCGCGAUAAAGAUAAGGAAAAAUCUGCUAGUACUUCUUCUUCGUCACAUAAAAAGGAAAAAGAACGCGAAAAAGAAACACCAAAUGAAAAGGAUAAAGAAUCCAGUUCCAAGUUAUCCACUUCCGAUAAACUUAGUCGUAUUCCUAAAAAGCAAAAAGACGAAUCGGAAGCGGAUUUGACAAAGCCUACUUCAAUAACCAUUCCCUCAAAGAAGGCUUCAAUGUCAAUAGAAAUUCGUCGUGACUCGGAAAAGGCUAAAACUGUGAAAACAUACAAAUCACAAUUUCGCUCYCAUGGCCUUACUGAGGAAGCUCCCCCACCACCAUCGCGGAAAGGACUAAAGAAACCAGUUUCAAGCGUUUCUGCUCCUGGUACCGUAAUUCCAACCAGUUUGCCAUCUUCACUAAAACGGCCUUCACCACCACCAAGUAGCAGUGAUUCACCAACACAAAAGAAAUCUAAAAUUGAUAUCAACAAUCUGACAGUAGCUAACGAGAAGCCUGGAGCUAUCAAACUUAUUGCUCCAAAGAAAAUUCAAACUCUUGUCGAGACAAAUCUCUUCUCGGACGCGCUCUCAGCAUCAAUGGUGCCCAAAAAAGUUACUAAACGUAAGCGUCCCACUACUCCUGGUGCCGGUCAAAAUAAGGAAGGUCCUUCACCACCUACCAGUCCAGAUGCACCAAAGGUGGCGCCUUUAAAAUUCUACCAGGACACCUUGGACGAGACUAAGAGCGAAGACAAAUCCGAUAAGGAGAAUGAUAGCAGAGACAAUAACAAUAAAGCGGAAGAUUUGGAUUCAGGCGAUAAGGGAAAUAGCACAGAAGAUGAUGAUGAUAUACCCUUGAAGAAGGUUAAGGAAGAUAUAGAACAGAAGGUACUGCGAGAGCAAAAGACUAGUGAUGACGGUAGUGAUGCCACAGCGACUAAUGCCGGCGGCUCUGUCGAUAUCACUGGUAGUGAUGGGGAAGAAGAUGUCGCCAAAAAGAGUUCAGAGGAAGAUGCGCCCAAACCGCCUGGUCCUGGUUGUGGUCCGAAUGGACCACCCGGUGUGCUUAUGCUGCACCGCCGCAAAGGUCCAAAGAAGAAGUUAACUUGGCGACCUCAAGAACAACUCGAGCAGAUACGUUACUUUGAACUGGACGAAACAGAGCGCGUAAAUGUGACAAAAGCACAGUCCUUUAUGGACAUGAAAAAUCUGGAACGCUUUAGUGAACGCGAUGCGAUUAAUAUCGCCAGACGUGGUUUCACACAUGAGGACAAUAUGCGACCAUUAACCGAGUGGCGGCCGCUGAUCGAAGUUGAUGGUGUACCACCACAUCCGAAUGGUAAUCAAUCUAAACAGCGUAAGGUGCAAGCCGAACGCGAGAUGACUACCCUGCGCGCACUAUACUUCUCCCACAGCAUGAUCCCCGACUCACCGGCAGAAGCUGAAUUAGAACCGCAUUUCGCAGUCGACAUACCUGUCAUACCGUUAGAAGAUAUUACCGGCAAUCCAGAUGCUGUAAGCGACUACACCAAUAUGCCUUGGCCUGAGCCAAAGACUUCACCUAAGUCAACAGAAAGUAACCUUCCUAUUGUUGGAAACUUACCAACCGCCCAGGUAAACACAUUACCGCCAAGUAACCUGAAUACAUAUCCAGGUUUUAUGCCACAGUAUGCUGGUGUGGCAGCAAACAAUCUACUGGCAACGCAAAUGCAAAUGCCAAGGCCAGUUCCCACACCGGCGGCGGGCCCAGGUCCACAUCCAGCUUGGCAAACGGGCAAUUUCAACGGUAAUUUGGCAGCAAUGGGUCCCAUGGCUGGUGGACCCCCAGUACAACAACAGAAUAUGAUGAGCCCAUUCGGUCCUGGAGCCGGCAACCCGCAAUGGCAAAUGCAUGGCGGUAAUCAGUAUGGCCCAGCACAAAGUCCCUUCAAUAAUGCACCCAAUUUCGGACCAAUGGGUUUGAUGCCGCCGCGUGUUAUGCCAAAUAUGGCACCAGCGAAUCUAUUUGAACGGAAUAACAUGAAUAAUAAUCAUCACAGUAAUAACAACCAAAAUCGCAACAACGGUGGCAAUUGGCGCACCGGUUCAAACUUCCAAGAUAAUAACGGAGGCGGCAAUUGGCGUUCAGGUGGUGGCGGUGGAGGUCAGAACCGCGGUGGGGGUGGCGGCAAUUCCAAUAACGGUGUGUGUAAGGCUUUCAUGCGUGGUCACUGUCGUUUAGGCAAAUCGUGCAAAUUUAUACACCCUAAUAAGAGCAAACGCAUAUAGGAUUCGCCAGAAUCUUCUGAUGAAGAUUCAACAACGAUCUCGAAAAACAACUGUGAUAGUGGCGACAAGACGAUGCACU